AGUUAUCAUCGUAUGUUUACAGACAGUAUGAAAAACAAGGCAACCCAUGCCUUGUUAACGCCGUGUGAUACAGCGAACACACACACACACACACACACACAACAAACACUCUCUUACGCUUCCUUGCUCUGGGCUUUUGAAGUCGUCGAAACUCCAACGCAAUAGCAAAAGCCAAAAAAAAAAACCCCGCACGCACGUCAGUCAAAACAAACAAGCAAACCUGCACUCUUUUUCUUUUGCAAAGAUAGUACAAGAGGUUUGGUCCACAUGCUUUUAAUUCGUUUUCUUUUUUUUCCCUUCUGUAUUCGUCCAUGGAUUGCUGUUGUGACUCUUCUCCUCUCUUUAUACACUGACGAAUACGCUUACGGAAGACACACACACACACUCACACAUAUGCUUAUCCAAACAUACAUCCUCCCCCUACGUAGCCUCCUCUACGCUUUUCUUUUCCUUUCUGCGUGUUAUCGGGGCUGCCCACCUCUCUUUCACGCGCAAGAGAGGGUUCGCCGUAAUUAUAAACGGUAGUUCAUUUUUGUUGGAUGUAUGUGUUUAAAUAUACAGCGCUCAAAACGAAUAAAUACGAAAAAUGAAUCAGUACCUCGCAGAGUUGUGAGAGCUGGUCCAACCAGCAAAGACGCACUUAGCGUCUCCUAAAGUGUUCCACUUCGCCGUCAGUCUUCUCUUAUCGAUUUACCGUGCUCUUCUGCUCAACCCUUUCCAGCAUCUUUGCAUGCUUGUACACGUACAGAAGCAUCUUAUCUAUAUCGCUGCGUUGGCACUCUUUUGAUUUCCCUUUCAAGGCUGUCAGAUCAACAGCGCGUCGCAUCUUCAAAGAAAAAAGGAAAAACAACAACUGUCGAUACGCAAAGGCAAAGGGAUUGCUGUGGACGCAUGUCUGCGCACUACGCGGGUUCCCUCCUGCUGAAGGCCGCGGUUGGUGCAACGGCUGCGGGGAGGAUGAGACUCGUCUCGCGCACCGCCCCGGCGCCGCUGCGCUUUUUGCAGCGUCGUCGUUGCUGGGAAGCGUAUAUCGGUGUGCGUUGCUGCUGCCACAACCCACGCCGUGCUGUCACGUCGGCCGCAGCCACUCCCUUCUCUAUCAAUGCGGCCGCGGCGGUGGAGCGAGGGGGCGCAGCCACUUCCACUUCUCCCCCUCCUGUUGCCGCCACGGACGAAGUCAGUGUGGUGUCCCGCCUUAGCAUCAGCCGCAACGCGACGGUGGCCUCGUCGUGGGAGACGGUGCCGAACUGGUGCGAGCUGUGCGUCGAGCCGAUCAACAACUGGGAUAACCACGUCGGCAAGCGCGAUCAUAUCUGCAUGGAGAUGACGCUGAAUGCCAUGGUGAGUCACCCGCGCAGCUGGGCGGCGGCAGACGUGUGGUGGAUGACGGAGGUGUUUCGCGAGCACUACGCGAAGCGGCCGCGCAAUCGACCUCGCACCCCAUCAGCGAACGUCCGCCGCAUGCUUCGUGCCGGCGUGUCGGUCCCUGCCGUGGACAGCCCUAUGAACAUCUUUUAUGAAGCCUUCGACAAGGGGGAGCCGGCGGACCGCCGCGAGGAAAUUCUGUUGCUGUUGAUGCAUCUCAAAGAGAAGGGUUUCCUGACGCUCUCGCCGGAGAACUUCUCGCACGCCGUCGCUCACGGGCAGCUCGUUCUUUUCAAGGAGCUCAUGCCGCUCAUGGCGCGUGUGUUCCCGGAUAGUGCGGUGCGCGGCUGCUCUGCCAUGACCUCGAUGACCUCCUCGUCCUUCAACGCGGAAACGACGUACCUGUUGUGUGGCAUGGAGGCGUUGAUUCCGCCGGAGCUGCUGCGCGCGUUCCUCAACCGGAAGUCCGCACCGCCCAAGUCGAAUGGAAACGGAGAGGGGGCGAGCAGCAAGGCGAGGGAGAUGCGCCGCGACGGCAGCGGAGACGAGGUACAGUCCGGCGAUGACGCGGGCGACACGGAGGCGAGCACUGAUGAAGAGGGCGUGCCGCAAGAUUUGCGGGCUAACAUGCCGCGUGCUGUUCUGGGCUCGCUGCGGUGGUCGCUGGAGCCCGACACGGCGCCGCCGCCGCCGGCCCUGUACCAACAGGAGAUGCGCUACGGCUACUACAGCACUCUCGCCGCACGGGCGUCGCGGCUGCUGCUGUCGGAGUUACUCUACGCCCGCGUGAGCGAGUCCGUCUACCGUGUGGAGGAGGUGAUGCGAUCAGAGCUUGGCCAAGAAAUGAUGCGGCGGCACAACUUGGCCCACUCUUUCUUCCCCCCGUCCUCGACAGCAAACACGAGCGGGGAGAGCAGCUUCGGCAGGGAUACGCAGACACGCGCCCUGUACGCACACCGUCUCGUGCCGCAUCUAUCGAACCACGGCAUCGUGGAGUUUACGGGUGGCGUGGGCUUGUGUGCGACCAAAGUGCUCGGCACCGUCAACUCCAACUACGCCAUCCAUCAGCAGGAGGCAAAGCGGGCUACGCGCAUGAAGACCCGCAAGCCGACGAAGCAACAGAGUGGUACACCGCUCACAUAUGCACGCACCGUCCGCGCCGGCUGA